AUGAGUGAUCUCGGCCCCCUGAGUUAUUAUCUCGCGAUCGAGGUCGAGCAGAAGGGCGGCGCCAUCACACUUUGCCAGAGUAGAUAUGCCCGUAAGAUUCUUGAGCAGACGGGGAUGGCAGGCUGCAAACCGUGCUCGAUGCCGAUGGAAAAUCGCUUGCAGUUGUCAAAGAGUGACGGGAGUCCGGCGGUGGAUGCGACCUACUACAGGAGUGUGGUGGGAAGCUUGCGCUAUCUGGCAAACACACGAGCUGACAUCGCCUACGCGGUUGGGAUCGUCAACCACUACAUGGAGGCGCCGACGGCGCAACACAUGGCCGCGAUGAGACAUCUUCUCCGAUACAUCAGCGGCACCCUACAUGACGGCUGUGAGUACAAGUGA